GAGCAUUACAUCGUCCGCGCCUCUUGUUUAACAGUAUACGACCGCUUACAAGCCACCCCUCAAUCCCUCACACCCGGCGCCUUGCAACCAUGGCCAACAUUCAUACACCCAUUCCGAAUCUGAAGCUCAACGAUGGCAACUCACUUCCAAUGCUUGCCUAUGGCACAGGCACGGCUUGGUACAAAACCGGAGAUGAGAGUCAACUCGACCAAGCAUGCAUCGACAGCGCAAAGAUGGCCAUCAAGUUAGGAUAUCAUCACUUGGACGGCGCCGAAAUGUACAAGACCGAGACUGAGCUUGGCAUUGCUAUCAAGGAGUCAGGCGUUGCUCGUGACAAGCUCUAUCUGGUCACCAAGGUCAUGACCAACAUCGCAGACAUCCCCAAUGCCUUGAGAACAAGCUUGAAGAAGCUCCAGACCGACUAUGUCGACCUUUAUCUUAUCCAUGCUCCAUUCUUUGCUGAGACAAAGGAAGAGCACCAAGCCAAAUGGAAACAGAUGGAACAGUUGAAGAAGGAAGGUCUUGCCAAGUCAAUUGGAGUCAGUAAUUAUUUGCCAGAGCAUCUUGACUUCAUCCUCGAUGGCUGCGAAAUUCCCCCAGCCAUUAAUCAAAUCGAGUUCCACGCCUACCUCCAGCACCCAGACCUGCUUGCGUAUCACAAGGCGAAGGGCAUUGCCACCUCAGCAUACGGACCAUUGACUCCAGUAACGAAAGCUGCAGGCGGCCCAGUCGACGAUCUGCUUGCUGCCCUGGCGAAGAAAUAUGCCGUCAACCCUGGCGAGAUCUGUCUCAGAUGGUGUAUUGAUCAGGACGUGGUGGCCAUCACGACUUCUAGCAAGGAGCAAAGGCUGAGCGACUACCUCCGAGCCAUGACCUUCAAGCUUACUCCCAAGGAGAUCCAGCAGCUCAACGAGGAGGGCGCUAAGAAGCAUUUCAGAGCAUUCUGGAACCACAUAUUUUCUGCUGAUGACCGCAGGUAGACAGUAGACAUGGGUAGAGAAGCAGUCUGGCUUUGACUAGCUUCUAAAAAGCCGAAGGCAUGAUGCCUGGCG